AUGUCGCUAUCUUCAUGUGUCUCCGAGUCCGACCAUUCUCUGGCGGCAGCAUCUUCCUUUGACCUACCUCCGGCUGCACCCAAGCUGCUAGUGCCUCUGCGUUCAUUAGGGCCCGAACAUUUCAUGACUCCCGUGUUCCCCUUCUUCACGCGAUACAUCUGGUUCACUAUCGAUGCUAAGACGACCCUUGCUGGUCUUAAUGACCCAGAAGUGGACAUCAUCACCCAGGACAUGAGGGGGAAAAUAUACGUUGGAUGUGCAAUAGACGUCAGAUUCUCCACAAUUACAUUGCCCUCACCAGAGCAGUUUACUGGCAUUGAGUCAUGGAUGUCAUUUCCGCUGGCCCCCCAAGUCGAAGAUCCUCGACCAGAUCGGGAGCCCCUUUACCCCACAAAUGCUCUCCCGCUUCCCGGUUUCUGCCACUGGACUAUCCUCCCAAUUGUGACAUGUAAAUUCCCGAAAGAUCGAAGAGAGCCAGGGGAUGCGGCGCAGCUCGGUUCUACAGCACAGCGCCUAUACUUUACCGCCAAAUAUGACGACAUGAACAGCCAGGAGCCGCUUAAAUCAAAUAUGCCACCAGCAGGGGCGUUGGCCAGAAACCCAUUCUGCGUGGGAGGCUAUGAUAUCUCGUCUUAG